UUGGCCUGGACGUGGCACCGAGGAGGAGCUGAUCUCCGCGCGUCCGUCUCCUCCCGUCUCCUCCCGUCUGAAGCAGCUCCUCCGGACUGACCGGCUGACCUUCUCCACGUUCCCGCCUCUGAUCCGGGUACUUCAGUGAAGAUGGGGCUGACCAUCUCCUCCCUGUUCUCCAAGCUGUUCGGGAAGAAGCAGAUGAGGAUCCUGAUGGUCGGGUUGGACGCAGCUGGAAAAACAACGAUCUUGUACAAACUGAAGCUCGGAGAGAUCGUCACCACCAUCCCAACUAUCGGUUUUAAUGUUGAGACGGUCGAGUACAAGAACAUCUGUUUCACCGUUUGGGACGUCGGCGGUCAGGACAAGAUCCGUCCUCUGUGGAGACACUACUUCCAGAACACACAGGGUCUGAUCUUUGUGGUGGACAGCAACGACAGAGAGCGAGUGGCAGAGUCUGCUGAAGAACUCUCCAAGAUGCUCCAGGAGGACGAGCUGAAGGAGGCGGUUCUUCUGGUUUUUGCCAACAAACAGGAUCUUCCAAACGCGAUGGGAGUCAGUGAACUCACCGACAAACUGGGCCUGCAAAGCCUUCGCAGAACUUGGCACGUCCAGGCCACCUGUGCCACUCAGGGUACUGGUCUCUACGAAGGUCUGGACUGGCUGUCCAAUGAGCUGUCGAAGCGUUAGACCACCUGACAGGAAGCAGCAGAAUGAUGUCAUCGACUGAUGUCAUUGACCGGAGGCUGUGUACAAAGUGAUGAAGAGGAGGAGGAGCGUUUACCUGAACUGUUUUUGUUUUUUUAAAUUAUAAAUGUUUCGUCUGUAGGAGGAAGUGAUGUCAUGGACUCUGAGCUCUUCCUCUUCUGUUCUGUUUCUUUUCUUUUAAUCUGCAUGUUUCAGAAUCAUGUGACAGGAAGUGAUGAAAAUGAGGGGUGGGGCUUAAUACAGGUGACAGUAACCUGUGGUCAGGGGGCGGGGCUUACUACAGGUGACUGUUACUUGGGGGCGGGGCUUACUACAGGUGACUGUUACUUGGGGGGCGGGGUUAACUACAGGUGACAGUUACCUGGUCGUGUGAUGACACAUUCCACUGAGCUGUACCUGAGGGCCUCGUCAUUCCGUGAAGCAGCAAUGAUGCAAUAAAGGUUUUUUUUUUCUUCUCA